AUGAGCGAAUCUUUAGCUCCAGCAUAUGGCCACUUAACUUCAACACUUCCCCUAGAGCUCCAAUUCAAAAUCCUCGAGGACAGCGAAUGGUUUCAGCAUGGCCUCCUUUCACAAGUUUGCAAGGCUUGGAGAAAUGAGUUAUCGAGGCCAUGCCAUCGUCGCAAGCUCUACCAACCAAUCCACAAGAGCAGGUCUGCAACAAUCAGCUGGGAUGACAAACAUAAGAACCCCCUGAUCCACAAAGCGCUAGUCUACCAGAACACUCUGCUCUGGGAUGAAAAUCUCAGCAGAUUAACUUGGGCACAUCUCGAUAUCAAACAUGACGAACAACCAGCAUCGGUAGAUACGUCUUCACGGAUUCGCAAGGAAUUUCCUCAAAUCAAGGGACUUGGAAACCAUCCCGCUUUCCAAUGCUCCGAAUCCGGAACGCCAAUAGUCAUUAGUCUAUUCACAUCCAGAUAUCGGGGCUCUAAUGGCACCUUUUUUAUGCCACAGAGGCUCGUCGCCGGCCAGAAGAUAUCUGUAAUGAAGUUCCUCGAUAUGAUGCGAGAAUGGAGGAGUGGGGACCGAGAGUAUAGAAUCAACUACGAGCGACAACCGACAAGAUGGAUUCUUUGCAACUACUUCAUAGAGAAUUGCUUCAAGAAUACAACCGGAGAGAUAUCGGUCUCGGUCUCAGUUGAGAUGGACCAAGACCAACCGGAGAAACUGACAAUUCCACUUAGGCUCUUUGCCCCACGGCCAAACAUGGAUUUCGAUAUCGGUUGUGUAUCAUCACGUGUCGCUAGGAACCCGGUGAGGUAG